AUGUGCCCGGAAGCCCUCUUUGCUUUCUACAUGGGUCGCGCCAACAAUGGUCCGGGUGUUGCUGGAGAGGUGACUAUCUGUGGCACAGACCCAGCGCAUUAUAAGAUCCAAAGUCUCGCCGGAGCAACAGUAAAUGCCCAAGGCGCAUACGAAAUUGAAUGCAACACUACCUCGAGCCUGCCAGCACUUAUUUUCACCCUCGGUGAUCAAGACUUCACUCUUCAAGGUUCCGAAUACAUUGUCCAGGUGAACCAGACAUGUGUGCUCGGUCUCUUGGGACUCGAUCUUCCACCUCCAAUUGCCCAGCCUCCGGAGCUAAGAGGUCCUCCGACUUCUCGACCUAGCUACGCGCAAUUAAAGCGUUCAGAGAUACUCGUUCAGUUUAGCAUAAAUGGCGCAUCAGAAACCUCACCGUAUCUUAUGAACACCAUCUUCGCUGGGUUUAUUCGUGGGCCAUCUUCUUAG